AGAAAAUGUUCCUCUCUUUUUCCUUGUUUUGAUCUUCGACGCUUGAAGUAGCAGUUACUUGUAUCUUUCUGCAUUUCAGUUAUUUCAUUAUAUUCUUAUUCUUCUGGUUGUUUAUUUUUAUUGUCAGGACUUGGUAUUCCAUAUUGGGGUUGGAGAGAGAUAGGUAGUGUAAUUGGGUGAUUGUUUCAAUUUAUUUUGCUAUGGAUAUUUCUGUGCUGUUUCAGAGGCUAUGCCACGUUGAAUUCAGGAGAUUGCUGUUGAUUAUUGGUAUAUCAGUUGCUGUUGUAGUUUAUCAAUAUUUUGCAAUUUCAUAUGGCAAUAGUUUGCGUUUAUCUCUGGUAUCUGAUAAGGGUUUAGUAGCAAUGAUGGUUGGCAAUGUGACCAUUAUAGACGUUUCUAAAUCAACUAAAGUUAAUGUUGCUAUGCCUAAUGGUAAAGAAAGCAAAGGGAUGGCUACAGAUCCUGAUUUGGGAUUAGAUGUUAAGAAUUUUUCUGAUAAUUCUUUCCAUAAGAACAAGGACGGAGAUUCAUGGAAAAAGGGUUUAAAUUAUAACAGAAGUUUUAAUGUGGGAUAUGUCAUGGACAUUGCUAAAAGUUCUACGGAAAUAAAGUCUAUAGAAAGCCAACAUGGACAUAUAGAGAAGGAUGAAAAAAUAGAAGAUGGUAUUGAUAUUUAUUAUGAUCAGAAAGCAAUCAAUGGUGUAACAUUGGGAGGAGAUCAGAAAAGACUUGGUAUUACUUCAGUUGUACCAACACAAGUUUUUUUGAGGGAAGUAAAAAACUUAGAUGCAAAUUCAAGAACUUCAGAUCCAUUCCUCUCUGCUAAUGUUUCUUCAGUUGGCAAUGUCAAACAAACUGUAGAAACACUACCCAUGAAGAGUAAACUACCUCAAGUUGUAUCAGUCAUCUCAAAUAAUAAUCUUUCUGUGGCUGAUAUUUCCAUAUUGAGGAGGUGGAAUAAGCAGUCAACGUCAAUAUCCCAGAUGAACUCAUUAUUGCUUCAGGCUCGUGUUUCUUCUCACUCUGGGAGGCCUCAGUGGUCUUCCGUGCGUGAUCGUGAACUUCUAUUGGCAAAACGAGAGAUUGAGAAUGCUCCUGUUUUAAGGAAUACCCCUGGACUCGAUGCUUCUGUUUUUCGAAAUGCUUCCAUGUUUAAAAGGAGUUAUGAAUUGAUGGAACGCAUGCUCAAAGUUUAUAUUUAUAAAGAAGGAGAAAAGCCCAUAUUCCAUCAGCCACGGAUGAGGGGAAUAUAUGCAUCAGAAGGAUGGUUCAUGAAACUAAUAGAAGGAAACAAACAUUUCGUUGUGAGGGAUCCCAGGAAAGCUCACCUAUUUUACUUACCCUUCAGUGCACAGAUGCUAAGGGCUGCACUAUUUGGCCAGAGUCAGAAUGACCUACAGAAUCAUUUGAAAAACUAUGUGGAGUUAAUUGCAGGGAAAUAUAAAUUUUGGAACAGAACUGGAGGAGCUGAUCACUUUCUUGUUGCUUGCCACGAUUGGGCCCCGCGACUCUCGAGGCAGCACAUGAAGAAUUGCAUCAGAGCUCUUUGCAAUGCCAAUGUUGUUCAAGGCUUCAAGAUAGGAAUGGAUACUACUCUACCAGUUACAUAUAUACGUUCCGUAGAGGCUCCUUUAAAAGAACUCGGAGGUAAUCCUCCUUUAGAAAGACCUGUUCUAGCAUUCUUUGCAGGAGGAAUGCAUGGCUAUCUGCGGCAUAUCUUACUGAAGUUCUGGGAGAAUAAAGAAGCUGACAUGAAAAUCUUUGGUCCAAUGCCUCGAGAUGUUGAAGGCAAAAGAAUUUAUCGGGACUACAUGAAGAACAGCAAGUAUUGCCUAUGUGCCAGGGGCUAUGAAGUUCAUACACCUCGAGUGGUUGAAGCCAUAUUCUAUGAGUGUGUGCCUGUGAUCAUAUCAGAUAACUAUGUGCCUCCUUUCUUUGAGGUACUGGAUUGGGAAUCAUUUUCGGUGUUUGUCCAAGAGAAAGAUAUCCCAAAUUUGAGAAACAUUCUGCUCUCAAUCACAGAAGAGAGGUAUCUGGCAAUUCAAGCAAGAGUCAAGGCAGUGCAAAAGCAUUUCCUUUGGCACAAAAAGCCAGAGAAGUAUGAUUUGUUUCAUAUGAUCCUUCAUUCAAUUUGGUACAAUAGAGUGUUCAAUGUAAAGAUCAAGUGACAGUGAGCAUCAAUUGUUGGCUUUUCUGGUACUGGUGAAGCUAUAGCUGGACAUUUCUCAGAGACUCAGAGGAAAAUCAUUUCUAGUAUCAAGUAGUCAAGAAGAAAAGAAAAUGGAGAGAACUCAAAACAUGCAGAUACAAAAUUAUGAUGCCACAUGGUCAGCAGAUAAGAGUUUGUUGAAGUGCAGGAACGGGUGUGCCUCUGAUGGUUGCUGUUGUCUCUACUGUAGUUGCUAGAUUGAAAAUGUUAAUUAGCUUCAGGUCCAAUAGGGACUAAGUAAACCUGGAAGCAAUAUAGGAUAAUUCAAGUUUAAGUCUAAAAUAUUUGGUCGAUUAGCCAAGAAAGGAAUGUUCAUAUGGCAAGCUACAGUGUGGAAUGCGGGACCUGGAUCAGGCAUUUAUAACUAUUUUUUUAACAGUAA